AGGAAAUCUCCUUGUUAGACUCCCCGGGUCUAACAAAUAUAUUUAUCCAGAAUAUCCUCUCAAUAUGGCUGUUGACAGAGAGUCCCUCCCAGAGUCAGGCGACCUCAGCCAGGGUUUCUUUUAUAGAAUUAAAAGAGAUAUACAAUCAGCAACCGAAUGUAUGGAACUGAGGUUUGACAAUAUCCCAGUAGAAGAUGGAAGUCUACUGGUAGACUCGCUCUCACAAGACCCAGACAUUGAAAGACAUAGACCAAGAUUCAGCUAUAAUUCUUAUACUCAAGUCCUGCACAUCCUUAUCAUGCCAACAGAAGUACACGACACUCACCAGGACUGGAUUGAGGAUGAGCGCAUUGAUAUGAUGGCUACGGGGUUCCUGAGCUACGCCGAGGGGAAAAUCCUCAAGACACGAGUGGGGACAACCCUUAGUGCUUUUCAGGGGAGAUACGCUGGUUCGCGCAAGGAACCAGACCUAAUGCUGCGAUAUGAUUCAGACCCGCUUCCGAGUUUUGUAAUCGAGAGCGGCUGGUCUGAAUCCUUACCACGUCUUCGUUCCGAUAUGCGUCUUUGGCUUGUCGGGGGACAGCCAGAAGUCCAGAUUGUGAUUAUAUUGAAUUGGAAAGAUUUCCGACACCACAAUCCAACGUAUCAAAGGAAUAUUCGAGGUCUAGGAGAGAGACUCAGAAAAUGUCCCUCACCUAAAGCAAAAUGGGAAAAUCCAGACAUACAAACAAUCCCUAUAACCCGCGCUCAACUCUCUGGUCCAGCUCACCUUCUGCCAGGAACGAAGGCCAGUGAUAUAUGGCACUUGCGCGUGGAUAAUUUGCGCGCUUGGGCUACUGAAGCGGUAAGAUUGAAAUUUGAUACGUAUGGAUUGGCGCGAAGACCUGAAGCCUCCAGUGAACAGCCCUCUGCCCAUAAUCUCCCGAAAACGAAACCCGUCACUUAACAGUAUUCGAUUUGAUCGGCAAAUAAAAAUGUCCUCCGCUGGUAUGAUGUCAUUGCAUUUUACUAUUCAGGACUAGUGUCAUGUUUAAGCUAUCUUUAGCGUAUUGACUACUUACUGUAUGUACUUCCUCUCAGGGGAGUAUAGAAUGGAUUACCAUAAUCUUAUACGCCUGGUGGGCUUCAGGGGAUAUUCCAGGACUGGUUUGCGCUAUUUAUGUUAAAAUAG